AUGUGUACUCAAGUCGGAUUGGGAGCGUUAGUUUUCGGUUACACCUUAGUGGGAGCUGUUAGUUUCAUGACCCUUGAACAGAAAGGGGUAAAUAUAGAACCUGUACAAAUCAACGAAAAGAGAGAGGAAUAUCUGGUAAAGCUGUACGAAGUUGCACUCAAACACAACAUAUUCGACGUGGACAGCUUUUUUUCUGAUUCCAAUGCAGUAUUAAGGAGCUAUCAGGAAAAAGUUGUCGAGAUUUUUAAGUAUGGAUAUAGCGAGAGGUCGGUGAACGAUAUGUGGACGUUUUCGGCAGCUUUAAUGUAUUCUCUAAGUGUUAUAACAAUGAUCGGUUAUGGAAAUUUAGUGCCUAGAACUUCUUACGGAAAAAUAGCGACUGUUGUUUAUGCGCUUUUUGGUAUACCACUUUAUGUUUUGUUCUUUCUGAAUGUUGGAGAUGCUCUAGCUGGCAGUUUCAGAUGGAUAUACAGAAAAAUGUACAAAUGCUCAACUCAGCCUGAAGACGCGGAUGAGAUUCCCAAAAGGAUUAUAGUGCCUUCUAGCGCUUGCAUUUGGGUGAUGAUUAUAUACGUGUUAGCUGGUGCUGCGAUUUUCAGUGCCUGGGAGGGUUGGGGUUUUCUCGAUAGCAUUUACUUUUGCGUUACGAGUUUGUGCAAGAUUGGAAUGGGCGAUUUUGUGCCUGGAACUGGGACUGUUUACAACGAAGCAGAAGGACAUUCCAAGUUAGUUCUGAGUUAUAUCUACAUAUUUUUCGGUUUAGGACUUGUAGCUAUGUGUUAUAACCUAAUGAGGGAAGAAAUCAGAGAGAAAGUUAAGAAUAUCAGAGAAGAUUUUGCGCAGUGUGUAGAAGAUACUAGACUUAGGAUUAUUGAGUGCUGUAAAAAAAUUCGGGGUGAACAAGAGGAGUACUACUGA